AUGGCCCAGCCAUUGACCAAUGAGGAUCUGGGUAGAAUACAGGGAGAAGCUACAGUCAGAGCAUACAUUGACAGCACGCUCACUUCCCUUGUCCAUGAGCUUUCUCUAUCUCCAACGGUAGCAUAUCCAUCAAUCACCCUCAAGCGAAGAACCAAUCCAACAGCCUAUGUGAUCAAUCCCAUCACUGGAGCACUAGAUGUCAGUGCGAGAGCUGAAACAUACAAGACGUACUCCUGGCCAGGGGCGACAGCGUUUGAGUCUUGGAAGUUCACCGUGAUUGUUCGCAUCCUGGCCAUCAUUGACAAAGCUAUUCGGACUGGUCAAUCGAUCUCCAAAAGAGAUAUCUACUAUAUCGACCCGCAAUAUUUUCGUUCUCAACAAACUGUUGAUGGGAUCAUUGAUGAUCUUGUCUUGACCAUCGGGGUGGACAGAGCAGCGUUAAAAGUGGAAGCAGCAGCAAAGGGUCUGAUAGCUGGGUACUUUCGUUUGAUUCGCGAUUCACUGGUGAUAGUGGAUGCCCAGUCCGCCACCGAGGACACUUUGAUCCCUCGCAUUGAUGAGGGUGAUGAGGUCGACAUUUCCCGAGUCCGAUGGGUACUUGUCAUUGAGAAAGAGGCAGUAUUCCACCGGCUUGCACGCAGCAGUUACUUCAGUAGAGCACUGGCAGGUGACGGCAUUCUGGUCACGGGCAAAGGAUACCCGGACCUAUCAACCCGGGAAUUCCUACACAAACUCUCAAAAGCUGCAUCGAAACAAAACAGACCCCUACCCCGUUUCCACGGCCUCACUGACGGCGAUCCGCACGGCAUGGCCAUCAUGUCAACAUACAAAUAUGGAUCGGCAGCUCACGUGCACGAAAAUGCUCGGUUGUGUCUCCCACGACUACAAUGGCUAGGUGUCCGGAUGACAGAUAUCAUAGGCGUUUCUGAUGCACCUGAUGACAAGGCUCUUCUCUUGUUGACGCCUCGAGACCGGGCGAAGAUUGUUACCAUGCUUCGAAAUAACCCUGUGUGGGCUAGUGAUGGACCUGAGCUGGAGUGGCGGGUUGAGCUGCAGCGGAUGCUCAUGUUAAAUCUGAAGGCUGAAAUCGAGGUUUUGUACGAGUCUGUCGGGGGGUUGGAGGGUUGGAUUGACCGAAGGAUGUUUCGGCAAGAGUAA